UUCACCUACAAAUGACGAAAAAACCAUAGUGAGAAUGAGGGAUAACAAGAAGUGUGACAUAUUCAGAGGAGAAUGGGUGCCAAAUCCUAAAGCACCAUACUACACAAACAACACAUGUUGGGCAAUUCAUGAGCAUCAGAAUUGCAUGAAAUUUGGAAGACCAGACACUGAUUUUCUGAAAUGGAGAUGGAAGCCUGAUGGUUGCGAACUUCCCGUCUUUAAUCCUGCUCAGUUUCUGGAACUUGUUAAAGGGAAGUCACUGGCAUUUCUUGGAGAUUCUGUUGCUAGGAAUCAAAUGCAGUCACUCAUUUGCCUUCUCAAUAGGGUAAGUUAUGGAGUGGAUGUGUCGCCGACACCGGAUGAGAAGUCGACAUGGUGGUCAUACCCUACACACAACUUCACAGUGGCCAACUUCUGGUCACCGUUCUUGACUAAGGCUGAGGAAGCUGACCCGAAUGGUCCAACCAUGACAGGCCUCUUCAAACUAUACCUAGAUGAGCCUGAUGCAAACUGGACAUCCCAAAUCGCUGAAUUUGACUAUGUGAUCGUGUCCGCCGGACACUGGUUCUUCCGGCCGACCAAGUAUUAUGAGUUGGACCGCCUAGUCGGGUGCCACUAUUGUCUAGACCCAAACAUAACCGAUCUAACCAUGUAUUAUGGGUACAGGAUGGCCUUCCGGACAACAUUCAAAACCUUAUACAAUCUUAAGGGGUUCAAGGGAAUGACAUUCCUAAGGACAUUUGCACCUUCUCACUUUGAGAAUGGUGAAUGGAACAAGGGAGGGGAUUGUGUUAGAAAGAGACCUUUUAGGAGCAAUGAGACAAGACUUGAAGGCAUAAACCUGGAGCUAUACAUGACACAAAUGGAGGAGUUCAGAGCUGCUGAAAAAGAAGCAAGCAAGAGAGGACUAAAGUUCAGGUUGUUAGACACUACUGAAGCCAUGCUAAUGAGACCUGACGGACACCCAAGUAGGUACGGUCAUCCAUUGAAUGUAAACAUAACAAUGUAUAAUGAUUGUGUGCAUUGGUGCUUGCCUGGACCUGUAGAUACAUGGAAUGAUUUUUUGCACCAUAUGCUGAAGAUGGAGAGAGGACGGCCAUCAGCUUCUGAGCAGUUGCACCUAAGUGAAAGAAUGAAGAGAGUUUAGUAGAUUUCUUUAUGUACUCAUGCCGGUGUGUAUAAACUUGUAAAUUUAUUUAUUGCAAGUAUAUGAAUAUGAAAGACCUCAAAUGGACCACACUGAAAAUGCUAUUUAUAAAUAUCAAGUGAAGAUUUGAGAGCU